GCUGACAAGAUGGUGCGCUACUCUCUGGACCCAGAGAACCCCACGAAAUCGUGCAAGUCGCGGGGAUCCAACCUGCGAGUCCAUUUCAAGAACACCCGUGAGACCGCCCAGGCCAUCAAGGGGAUGCACAUCCGCAAGGCCACCAAGUACCUGAAGGACGUCACGCUGAAGAAGCAGUGCGUUCCUUUCCGCCGCUACAACGGGGGGGUCGGCCGCUGUGCCCAGGCCAAGCAGUGGGGCUGGACGCAGGGACGCUGGCCGAAGAAAAGCGCCGAGUUCCUGCUCCACAUGCUGAAAAACGCAGAGAGCAACGCGGAGCUCAAGGGUCUGGACGUGGACUCUCUGGUCAUCGAGCACAUCCAGGUGAACAAGGCUCCCAAGAUGCGCCGGCGCACCUACAGAGCCCACGGCCGGAUCAACCCCUACAUGAGCUCCCCGUGCCACAUCGAGAUGAUCCUCACCGAGAAGGAGCAGAUCGUCCCCAAGCCGGAGGAGGAGGUGGCCCAGAAGAAGAAGGUACCCAGCGCCGCGCCCUUACCAUGGUGUGCAUUCCUUGCAUUGUCAUUCCUGUUCUCCUCUGGGUCUACAAGAAGUUCCUCGAACCCUACGUCUAUCCCGCUAUUGCGCCCUUCAUCAAGCGUGUAUGGCCCAAGAAAGCUGUGCAAGAACCGACAGCCGCAAAACAAGGUCAAGGAGGCAGCGCUGGAAAUCCACGGGCACCUUCUGCCACGAAAAGAGAUCAGGAGGAUGAGUCUGGAACCUAUAAAUUUGAAAGCGAUGGCGUUGCAAACGGAAUCGCCACAAAGACAUCCACAGAGGUUUCGGACAAGAAAACGGAUUAAAGGCAUUCACUCCUAA